AGAGGGCAGCAAUCGUCUCUGCUGAACCGAAUAACACACUUCCUGUGUGUGCACGGCACAUCAACAGACCUGCCCAUGCAGCAUUCCUCCCAGCCUCCGUGUCAUGAAUUUCGGUCCGAUCUGGACGGUUGAAUGUGUGUACGAGGGUUCUCUGGGCCAUCUAUGACCGACCAAAGCGAUACGUGCCGACUCUCGUGAUAUAUAGCUCCUUCACGUUCAUGUAGGUUAGCUAGUUUGUAAAACACUCCCAGGUUGCCUGACGCCCCUGAGGAAUCGGAAAGUCAUUGGAGUGCUCUUUUCGUGGACAGUAGUGAGGCAAGGUGGAGGCAUCUGCAGCAACAGUGUUUGUCACAUCAUCGGGCUGGUCAUAAUUCCAAGAUGAGUGGCAGUGCCAGUAAGCGCAGCCGCCGGGGCCGGACGGAGGCUCCCACAGACUCAGAUGGAGGCUCCAGCAGUGACUCGCACUCUGGGGCCCAGUCUGGGAUGUCGAUGCUGAGCCGACUGUUGGACCUGCCAGCUGGGCAGCUCUCGCGUCCACAGCUGAAGCGUUUGGAGGAACACCGCUACAGCAGCGCUGGGCGCUCCCUGUUGGAGCCCAGCAUGCAGCCGUACUGGGAGGGCCUGGUGGCCCAGGUGCCCACGUGGAUCGCCCCCAACCUCAUUACUAUUGUGGGCCUUGCCACCAACAUCCUUACCACUUUGGUGCUGGUCUACUAUUGUCCCACUGCCACUGAGCAGGCUCCCACGUGGGUGUACGGUGCUUGUGCUGUGGGGCUCUUCAUCUACCAGUCUCUGGAUGCCAUAGACGGGAAGCAGGCGAGACGCACCAACAGCAGCACACCGCUGGGGGAGCUUUUUGACCACGGCUGCGACUCUCUCUCCACCGUGUUUGUGGUGUUGGGCACGUGCAUUGCAGUGCAGCUGGGAACCCAUCCUGGAUGGAUGUUUUUCUGCUGUUUUGCGGGCAUGUUCAUGUUUUACUGUGCCCACUGGCAGACCUACGUCUCGGGCACACUGCGCUUUGGCAUUAUUGAUGUAACUGAAGUUCAGAUCUUCAUAAUAGUCAUGUAUGUGCUUGCUGCCGUGGGAGGAACCCCUUUCUGGCAGUUUCAGCUCCCAGUAUUUCACAUGCCCAUGAAGCUGAUCCCUGCCAUACUUACAGUUCUGGGGGCCAUAUUCUCCUGUACUAACUACUUCCGGGUCAUUUUGCGAGGGGGUGUGGGCAAGAAUGGCUCCACCAUUGCAGGAACCAGUGUGUUGUCUCCAGGCUUCCACAUAGGAACGGUGAUCACACUGGCGUUCCUGAUCUUCUACAAGUCCUCUGGACUCCUCUUCCAGACGCACCCCUGCCUCUUCAUUCUUGCUUUUGGUUUUGUGUCUGCCAAGAUCACCAACAAAUUAGUGGUGGCUCACAUGACCAAGAGUGAGAUGCGGCUGUAUGACCUGGCCUUCCUGGGGCCCCUACUGCUCUGCCUCAACCAGUGCGUGAGCAACACGGUGGACGAGUACGUCAUGCUGUGGAUCGCCAUUCUCCUGUCAGCUGUGGAUCUGCUGCGGUACUGUGUCAGUGUCUGCAACCAGAUCGCCACCCACUUGGACAUUUGUGUCUUUCGCAUCACGACCAGCCGAAGUGCCCGGCAGAACCACCACUAACUGACUGUCACAGUCCAACCCCUUUAGGCCCUCGUCUUCCAAGGAAUGUAUGAGCAGCCAAUCAAAUUCCAAACUCAAGAGGCACAAGUCGUGCCCGAGGUAAUCCUCAGUCACUCAACUCCGCCCACCAGCAGCAGGGAUUGGCUGCAACCCUUUUUCCUUUGUUUUUUUUGGACAACUCAAAUCUUGUAGACGGUUUAAGAUCAUGGAACACAUUUAACAGUGCCCAAACCGGGGCAUUACUGAGCAUUGAGGCCACUAUGGCUGCGAUGUUAACUAUAGCUUCAUAGUUGUCACGACAGCCAACAUACUAACUCUAGUCCCACAGUUGUCACGACUACCACCACAGUAACUGUACUUACUUUAUUGUCAUAACCACUCCCAUCAUAAAUGGGAGAGUCCCAUUGUUGCUAUGUCAACCACCGUUCUAAGCGUAUUCUUCUAGAUGUCUUGACAGCCACCAUUAUAAAUGUAGCCAUGACCGCUACUCUACCAUGUUAUGUGCUCUCCUCAAGUUGAGAGCCAAGCUGCUGAUGCUUAGUCAGCUGUAGCUAUAGGAAUUCCUCUGCCACAGUGAGGAGCGAUUCUCCCUGUGGCCUGCAGAGGGAGACACAAGUCAAAACAGCCAGUUCAGUUGCUGAUGAACCUAGAGCAGUCGAGAUCAUCCACAAGCAGUGUUUCGUUGUUACAUGUGCUGCUAUUUAAAUACCAGAUGAAGGGAGCCCAUGGACUGAAAUGGAUGCGUUUGGUUGAUCUCUGUGUCUGUGGUCAAGGAAUAAUGAGGGAAGGCUUCUGUGGAGCUGCCAAGAACCCCAAGCAAAAGGAAAUUCCGUCACUGUGAAGUCUAGUUUAAUUUCACCAUAAGAAUGUCUUACCUGCUUAAAAGGUCCACGUAUUGUAACUUUUUUUAUGUUCAGAAAUAUGAUCUAAACAAAAGAAUAAUCCCAUGGUAUUAAUGAAGGGAUUUAUGUUUAUAGGAUUUUAUACUGUGUGUUGGACAAGGGAAAGUGUUGUUGAAGCCUCUAUCUCUGUUAACUCUUCCAUAUUGAAUGACCAAUGCUCACAUUACACACGAUCAUUCCAUUUCACUCUCACGCACUGUGCUUUACACACUCUGCUCCAUACCACUCCCCUGUUCACACACGCACACACACACACACACACACACACACGCUCAGACACACUCCUCUUUACAUUCCACUGCACACACACUUCACUUCUGAUCAUUCCUUUGCUCACACCAUUGCAAUUAUACACACACACACACACACACAUACACACAUACAUACUAUACAAACACUGUGCAUUUUUCUCCAAGUCAUUCCACCCUGUUAUGUUUUGGCCGUGGGCUAAACAUGAACAAUCACACACAGACUUACACGGCUUAUUCUAUAAACAGAGAGCAACGGACAUAAUUAACUAAUUCACUUGUGUGGGAAUUGCAAGUGUUAUUGUUUAGCUCACAAACAAAGGAAGGGACGUUUACUCACUCACACUUUAGGUGGUGGCGUUUAAUUGCGGUUUUAUGUUGUGCCUUUGACCUGUUGCUCUGUAACUCGUAGCUUUCCUAUAUGGCAGUGCGCCUGUGUUCUUUUUUUCAUGCAGCGGUAAGAGUCUUAUUAGGAGACCUCCAGGAGAAUUUUUAUGCAGGUUUGAUUUGUUAGAUCAUGCGUGAGUGAGUUUGUAGACCACAACACACACACACACACACACGAGCACACACACACACACACACACACUCACUAAAAGACUUAGGCAUACACACUCCUCAGAGGUGUCGCUCCUCUACAUGCAAACAUGCUUCCUCUACCUCUACCGUUUCUCACUUGUACCUGUUUCAGUUUUCUUUUGUUAUAGUUUUUUUAAUUAUUAUUUCAUUUUUUAAUAUUAUGUAAACAUUGUUUCCUCACAGGUGCUCAUGUAAUGUCAUCGCUUAACUAUCUCCUCACCAUACUCUCCAUGUCGAAUGUGAAAGCCUCUGUUACUCCCUUCACCCCACACUCCCUAGUAUCCUACCUUAAACUCCUUAGAUCACCUUUUUCUAACAGUUCUCAUGUGUACUUGUGGGACUUGUCACGCUGUCCCACAGGGCUCUGUUACAGCUGCAGGAAUGUUUCUAGUCAGUCACAUGUCUGUCAUUCUCUUAGACCUGCAGCGUCUUUGGUCAGGCCUUAGGGCCGUGUCGUUUUACCUCAGUUAACCCUCCUGACUCUUCGGUACAGAUCCAAAUGUUUUGUAUGAUUUAACAACCAGUUGUAUGAUGGCCAGUAGUCACAGUGUUUUUUUUUUUUUUUAAAUCACCCCAGUACCCAGUGUGAUAUUAAAGGGAAAUCGGUUCACGAUUGUUAAAUGUUUGGCACUUAGUUCAGACUUGCUUUGUGUGGCCUGCCACAGGUGAACGUUCUUGGCUCUCGGUCUUAAAGGGAUUACAUGUAGUGUUUUGGCCACAUGACCUGUGAGCGUUCCACUGCUCAAACAAUUGGUUCAAUUGCUGCUGUUGGAGCAGACAGACAGAUACACGCGCGCACACACACACACACACGCACUCACACACACAGUUGUGUUUUUACCACCCUCUUACUGACUGACCACAAUCUCUGUCUUUGAUUUCGCUUGUAUCUGAUUUCUAAAAGUUAAUUGAGAUAGAAAAGUGUUUUUAAUGUUGCAUUAUUGUUGAGUUUCAGUCAAAAUAUCUUUUUAAAAUAAGAUGCCAAUGUGAAAUAAACUUUGCUAUAUUUAUGCUAACAGACUA